UAAUUAACGUUCCCCUUACAACAAAAGAAACCCAUUUUUCGUUUAAAUAAAUCAUUAAAUCUCUGUCUGAACUCUGAAUCUUAGACUUUUAUACUAUCCCAUGAUUCUUUGUUCUGUUGUCCACCUACAGAUACAGACACUAUUCAAUGGCAAAGUGCACAGAGAAGAUAUAUUAAGAGAUUCCAAAUUUGGUUAUUUCAGAGGCUGCUAGGUGGUGGUGAAUUUUAUGGAAUGAGAGUAUUGAAUAAAAACACAUGUUAAGUCACAAUUAUGGGGUCCUUCAACAUUGAGAAGAAAUGGCAAUUUCCUCUCAUUAUGAUCUCAAUUGUGUUCUUAUUCUUUCUUGCCACAUGCUUCAACAUGGGGCUUGUCUCUACAAUUCACAGCUUCAAUUCAAUACUAUUCUUUCUCCCAUCACGCCUAGCCGAAAACCAAUCUGCUCCAGUUUUUGUGGAGACAAAGAUUUCUGCUACUGCUCCAGCUCCUGCUGCUCCUGCAAUUCCUCGAUUUGCUUAUUUGAUUUCCGGCUCAAAAAACGAUUUGGAGAAGCUUUGGAGGACUCUUCUUGCCCUUUACCAUCCACUGAACCAUUAUAUUGUUCAUUUGGACCUUGAGUCACCACUAGAGAUGAGGUUGGAGCUAGCUUCUAGAAUUGAGAAACAGCCUGUCUUCUCUGAGGUCGGAAAUGUUUUCAUGAUUCCGAAAGCUAACAUGGUCACUUACAGAGGACCAACCAUGAUUGCUCACACUCUUCAUGCUUGUGCCAUUCUGCUCAAAAGAACUAAAGACUGGGAUUGGUUUAUUAACCUUAGUGCUUCAGAUUAUCCCCUUGUGACUCAGGAUGAUCUUCUCUAUACUUUUUCUGAGGUUGACAGAAGCCUUAACUUCAUUGAGCACACAAGUCGUUUGGGAUGGAAGCUGGAAAAACGAGCAAUGCCUUUAAUUAUAGACCCAGGUCUUUACAGGACAAACAAGUCUGAUGUUUUUUGGGUUGGUCCUAAGAGAACUUUGCCAACAGCAUUUAAACUAUUUACUGGUUCAGCAUGGAUGGUUUUAUCGCACUCCUUUGUAGAAUAUGUUGUGUGGGGUUGGGACAAUCUCCCAAGGACCCUUCUUAUGUACUACACUAAUUUCAUCUCCUCCCCUGAGGGCUACUUUCAAACAGUUGCAUGCAAUGAGCCAGAACUAGCCAAAACUGUUGUAAACAGUGACUUGCAUUAUAUUUCAUGGGACAACCCUCCAAAACAGCACCCUCAUGUCCUUACCAUCAAUGACACAACCAAGAUGAUUGCAAGCAACGCCGCGUUUGCUCGGAAAUUCAAGCACAAUGAUCCAGUCUUGGAUGUGAUUGAUAAAAAACUACUACAUAGGGAAAAUGAACAACUAUUCACACCAGGUGGUUGGUGUUCUGGCAAUCCAAGAUGUUCUAAGGUUGGGAACAUUCACAGGAUUACACCUAGUCCAGGAUCUAAAAGGCUUCGUUUACUGGUGACUAGGCUAACUUGGAUGGCUAAAUUUGGUCAGAAACAAUGUAUAUAGAUGUUAUUGGGAACUUUUCAUGGUUAGGAAGAGUGAAACAAAAUGAAGGUUACUUUAAUGGCCAGAUAGAUGUGUCAUCCAACAUUCAGCACCUUGUUAUUAACUUGUAGGGUACAACAAUCCUAGAUAUGAACUUAGCCAAAGUUGCCACUAGCAACUAUAUUUACCAAAGAUGGAAAGAGGAUCAUACCUUUUUCUUUCUCUUUUUUGCUCAAAUAGCUUUUUGUCCUUGAAAAAUUAGUCAAGUUUGAUUUUAGGCUUAUAUAUUUUUUUUCCAUUUGAUCCUUUUGAAAAUACAUGCUUUUUGUCCAAA